AGAGGUCACUCUGUCAGUCUAUCCGCAGCUCUGCGGCUUUUAUUUUGAAGUGCGGCGCAGUAAUCGGCCAUCUUGUGCGUUUCCACGGCUGCUGCUGGCGCAGGCUGUGAGAUCUGAAGCAGCGUGCUGUGCUCCAUCAUCCCACAAGCGAAGCGAGGGAAAAAGUUACGAGCUCCUCUUGAACCCCACCGCUGACAAGCAUGUCAGGAGACGAUGACCAGCAAGAGCACACCAUCGCUGAUGACUUGGUGGUUACCAAGUACAAGAUGGGGGCCGACAUAGCAAACCAGGCUUUGAAGGUGGUCAUCGAAGCAGCCAAGCCUGGUGUGUCUGUCCUCAGCCUAUGCGAGAAAGGAGAUGCUUUCAUCACUGCCGAAACAGGCAAGGUCUUCAAGAAGGAGAAAGAGAUUAAGAAAGGGAUUGCCUUUCCCACCUGUGUGUGUGUGAACAACUGUGUGUGCCACUUCUCACCGCUGAAGAGCGAUCCAGACUACAUGCUCAAAGACGGUGACUUGGUUAAAAUUGACCUUGGAGUGCAUGUGGAUGGCUUCAUCUCCAACAUUGCUCAUAGCUUUGUGGUUGGCGCAACCAAGGAUGCUCCUGUGACAGGACGGAAAGCGGAUGUGAUCAAAGCUGCCCACUUGUGUGCAGAAGCUGCUCUCCGGCUGGUUAAACCUGGGAAUCAGAACACUCAGGUCACAGGGGCCUGGAACAAGAUUGCCCAAUCAUUCAAAUGCAUGGCCAUCGAGGGCAUGCUGUCUCAUCAGUUAAAGCAGCACGUCAUUGAUGGAGAGAAGACCAUCAUUCAGAACCCCACCGACCAGCAAAGGAAGGACCACGAGAAGGCAGAAUUUGAAGUGCAUGAGGUGUACGCUGUGGACGUGCUCAUUAGCACUGGAGAGGGAAAGGCUAGAGACUCCGGGCAGAGGACCACUGUUUACAAACGAGACCCCAGCAAGCAGUAUGGACUGAAGAUGAAGACCUCCAGGGUGUUCUUUAGUGAGGUCGAGCGGCGAUUUGAUACCAUGCCAUUUACUCUGAGGUCAUUUGAGGAUGAGAGUAAAGCUCGACUAGGAGUGGUUGAGUGUGCCAAACACGAGCUGCUUCAGCCCUUCAAUGUCCUGCAUGAGAAGGAAGGUGAAUAUGUAGCACAGUUUAAAUUCACGGUGCUGCUCAUGGCAAACGGCCCUCUGCGUAUCACCAGUGGACCUUUUGAUCGAGAGCUUUACAAGUCUGAGCAUGAAGUACAAGACCCAGAGCUCAAGGCAUUGUUGCAAAGCUCAGCCAGCCGCAAGGCACAGAAGAAGAAGAAAAAGAAGGCAUCCAAAAAUGUGGAGAGUGCCACAGGACAACCAGUGGAGGCUGAGAGCGAAGCUGCUGCUUAGACUCCCACUGCCAACCAAGCUGACUGACAGAGCCUCUGCACAGCCCAAAGAACAGAACCAUUAAAGCUAAUUAUGACCUGCCCCACUGAGAGGCCUCCGGCCAAGCCUUGUCUUUUUGAAUACCUCCUCGUUCGUUACAUAAGACUGCUACAGGGUUUGUGCAGUUUACUUACGUUUGGUUGUCUUUGAAUGCGGCUGGGAGUGUGCGGAUGAGCAGGUAGAUACUGUCCAACCGUGUUUACAGGAGGCGAGUGCUGGGUUUCUUUUGACCCUCUGUCAUUGUACAAGCCAUCAUGAACAACAAAAGUGUAAUGGUGGCACUCUUUAGGCAGUUUUGCUACAAAGUGCCAUUCAUGUCCAUGCAGAUGAGAUCCCUGUUUGAGGUCUGUUAAAGGUUGAGUUUUUGUCAGUUGGGAAAUGAUCAUAAUUUGUAUUGAUGACCUGUAAUGAGUCUUUGGAGCGGUAACGGCCUCACUACACCUUAAAUAUAGCAAACCAACUACAAUGGAAGCACUGUUAAUCAAUUUGGUAAGCUUUGAUUUCUGUUAGAUGACAUUCAGCAUUCGUUUUCUAGUAUUUCCAGAAUUAUGAAAAUGCUUUUCCAGAGUCUGUUUCGAUGUAGAUCUUUCCUUCAGCUUAUUGGUCUGACUUCUCAAACCAUUGUUUAUUGACUGACCAAAUUAACCUGUCAUUUUAUAAACGUACAUCUAAUAAAUUUAAUUAGCCAA